UAUCGCGGAUGAAGAUCUGGAUAAUGCCUAGCGUGGGCUUUUAAUGCCGCGGACGGACCCGCGGACGCCGAGCCGGGCUUGUUCCCUGCUAGUCUUUGCCUAAGGUGGGCAGUAAUAUACAAAGUGUCCUUGCUCGAACAUACAUAAAUACAAAGUGCCCUCGCAUUUUUGGCAGUUUCAUACAAAGUGUCUUCACAUCUCUGACAAAGUGUCCUUGCAUGCGGGUGGUCUCGUACAAAGUGUCCUCGCAGCUGUGACAAAGUGUCCUCGCAGCUGUGACAAAGUGACCCCGCAAUAACUUUCCCAAAAAUCGCCGCAGCCACGCAGCAGCAGUCGUUGCUAACUGGCCGUUAUAUCAGUCGCCAUGGACCCAGGCUCGGUGCCCGACUUUGACGACCUCCCCAAGGUGGCUGGGCAGCCGCAAGGGUGUGCCUGGGGCGUCUUCGAUGCCAAAAAUGGCGGGAAGAAGGACGUGUUCGGCACCCUCAACUUCCUGACGCCGGCCAUCGUUGCAGCUGCCGCGGCCGAGGUCAAGGAUGGCGUGUCCAUCUCGCUCAACUGGCCCCUGGACGCCAUCAAGUUCCCGUUCCCUUUCCGCAAGUCGCCCACGCACACCGUCACGACGCUGCGCGAGCGGGGGAUGGAGAUUGAGGGCUUCGACGACUCGAUCGACUUCAACACCCAGUUCAGCAGCCAGUGGGACGGGCUGUGCCACGUCGUGCACGGCGACGAGCGCCUCACCUAUAACGGGGCCCGGCCGACCAAGGAAGGCCUGGCCAGUGCCCGGUUGACCGCCGACAACGCGCUCCCGACCAUCGACCACUGGCACGCGCGCGGCUGCGUCGUCGGUCGCGGCGUGCUCGUCGACUUCAAGCGCUACGCCGACGAGACCCCGCCGCCCGACGACAGCGCGUCCCCAUUCCACCCGCUGGACGGCUACCGCAUCACCGUCGAUGACGUGGAGAAGGUAGCCCGCCACCAGGGCGUCGAGUUCAAGCCGGGCGACAUCCUCAUUAUCCGCACCGGGUACACGGAGGUGCUCGAGGCGCCGACGGCGCAGGACUUUGCAAAGUUCGCGGCGGCGACGCUGUCGGGGCUGCACGGCGUCGAGGCUACGGCGCGAUGGAUCUGGAACCGCCGGUUCGCAGCCGUCGCGGGCGACGCGCACGGGUUCGAGGCCCUGCCCUCCGUCAAUGCCGACGGGUCGCUGGGCGACGCGCCGGCCGGAAACCCGCUAGUCCUACACCCGUACCUGCUCAACAUGUUCGGCACGCCGAUUGGCGAGCUCUGGGACCUCAAGGCGCUGGGCGAGUACUGCCGCAAGACGGGCCGCUACAGCUUCCUGCUAACCUCGGCGCCCCUAAACCACCCGGGCCUGGUUGCGUCGCCGCCGAACGCCGUUGCCAUCUUUUGAGGGGGUGGGGUGGAUUGUUCUGCAGAGAGGUGCUCCGAGUGUUAUCCAUGUUUAGGUGGGUAACGUCUCGGCGAGAUAAUCGAUUUGAUACAAGGACUCUGUCGGGCUCCAUUUGUUGUAGUCGUGAACCGUACUAUCCAGUCGGGGCAGGGCCCUCGAGGAGCGGAGCCGGCGGAGUUGGCCCUUUCCGGUUCGACCGACUGUGACCCGUCUCCAGCAGCCCGCCCCCCUCGAGGGGCGAAUUUGUGGGAGCUGGCCCUUUCGAGUUCGAUCGACCGUGACCUGUCUGACGGGUCAUCCUCAACACCUGGUGGGUUGAUGCUCAGCAGGACCAAAAGUCUCCACAUGCUAGGCUUUGCCACAGGUGACCAUAGCUCUGUCUCUGCGUCCGAUCCGUUCACCAUGCUUGCGCAGGGUUUCUUUUGUU